AUUCGAACAGUGAAGUCCGUUGCUUUACACGGUUUCUCAAAACAGUGCUUUUAAACAGUUAUCUGAAAGGGCUGCUCAACUCCUUUAGCCUUGUAAAGUAACUACAAAAAGUUGUGAUUAUUGAGUGAAUUGUGGAGUUCGGACUCAUUUAAAGUGAUCUUUACAUCGAUAGCAAUUAACAAUGUCAAAAGAUGAAAAGGAGUCGAUCAUCCCAGAUAUUAUUUACGACGUGAAUGCUCAAAGAAGCUACAUUAAAGGCCGGUUCUUCGGAAAGGGUGGCUUUGCAAAAUGUUACGAAAUUCGAGAGUCAAAAUCUCACAAUGUGUACGCCGGAAAGAUCGUACCAAAAUCAUUAAUGACAAAAAAUAACCAGAGAGAAAAGAUGACACAGGAAAUUGCUAUUCAUCAGAGUUUAAAUCAUAAAAAUGUCGUUGGUUUUCAUGGAUUUUUCGACGACUCACAUAAUAUUUAUAUAAUUCUAGAGUUAUGCCGUAAAAGGUCAAUGAUGGAAUUGCAUAAGAGAAGGAAAGCUUUAACUGAAUAUGAAACACGAUUUUACAUGAAACAAAUUUUGGAAGGUGUACAUUAUUUGCAUCAAAAUAGAAUUAUUCACAGGGACUUGAAACUCGGCAAUCUCUUUUUAAAUGAUGAAUUGCAAGUGAAAAUUGGUGACUUUGGUUUAGCGACUAAACUUGAACAUGAAGGCGAAAGGAAAAAGACAUUAUGCGGAACUCCUAACUACAUUGCCCCCGAAAUUUUGACCAAAGUUGGUCAUUCUUUCGAAGUUGACAUUUGGAGUAUCGGUUGUAUAAUGUACACUCUGCUUGUGGGUAAACCACCAUUCGAAACUUCUAGUUUAAAAGAAACUUACGCUAGAAUUAAGCAAGUUCAAUAUAAAACGCCUUCGUCAGUCACCAAACCUGCGAUGAAUAUGAUAUCGAGUAUGUUACAAGGCAAUCCAUCGAAACGUCCCUGUGUUGGAAAAUUGCUGAAAGAUGAAUUCUUCCAAAGUGGAUUUUUACCGCAGAGCCUUCCACUUUCAUGUCUCACAAUGGCACCGAGAUUGGACGCAUUGGAAUUGCAUAAUAACCGAAAACCAUUAUCGGAAAUGAAUAUGAAUAAUUAUAAUGCGGGUGAGGCUGAAGUUUUUAAAGUACCUGCUAGUCCUCAACGUAAUAAAAUUUUAAGUCCUGCAAAUAAAUUGAAAGCAUCCGAAGUAAAUUCAAAUGAUGUACAAAGAAUAAAUCAGGAGAAUAAACGAAUGCUUCAGGCCCUAAAAGAACAGCUUCAUGGUGUUCUUAAAUCGAAACCCGCACAAAAAAUGGCAUCUUCUGCAGAUGAAAUGACCGAUCCAGAUGCUCAGCCAUUCGUCUGGAUAAGUAAAUGGGUUGAUUAUUCGGAUAAGUACGGUUUUGGUUAUCAAUUAUCGGACGAUGGUGUUGGCGUUAUGUAUAAUGAUGGCACACGAUUAAUUAUGCUCGCCAAUGGUCAUAACAUUCACUACAUCAAUCGAGAUGGCAAAGAACUGUACUAUACUGCCAGUAACUAUCCCUCCAGUUUGGAGAAGAAAAUGAAGUUACUUAAUUUCUUUUUACGUUAUAUGACGGAACAUUUAAUGAAAGCGGGUGGAGCUAUUGCGGUUAAACAAAGUGAUUCGCUCUCCAGAAUACCUUAUAUGAAUCAAUGGUUUAGGACACAAACUGCAGUUGUUAUGCAACUGACGAAUGGCUCUGUUCAAAUUAACUUCCAGGAUCAUAGCAAAAUCAUAAUGUGCCCUCUAAUGGCAGCAGUAACGUAUAUAGACAAAGAGAAGAAUUUCAGAACAUACAGGUUCCAAACAAUUCAACAACAUGGCUGUUGCGCGGGUCUUGCAAAGAAUUUAGAGUACGCGUAUGAAAAAGUAUCAUUAAUGAUAAACAGCCCUGCACUUCGAUAGUGUUAAUAAUAAUAAUGAUAAUAUGUAAACGAAAAAAGUAUGCAUUAGGCAUUCUACAGUCUAGUACCGUAUUAUCGCUGCUUUUAAAAAAAAAUGGAAAAACGCUAUAUAUUGCCUAAAUAAGUUACUCGAAUAGUAGAUUAACAAGAGUCGUUAAGUUUGACUUUUUUUUUCGAUAAUUGUAUAGAAUUUUUUUAAAAACAGUUUUUAUAACGCAGUAGGUACUGGCAAACAGAAGAACAUAUACAAUUUGUAUUUUAAGUAUUUUAAUUCGAAGGUAUAAUCUUCUUUUUGAUACAUGACUCUUUAAAAUACUUAGCAUUUUAAUUUUUCAUUCGGAAAAAAAAUAUUGGCACCUUUUAUUUAGUUUUUUUUUAAACAUAGAUAAAAUUGAUCAAAAUUUACACUUAUGAUGAUGAAUCUUAUUUGAAAUUUUUGAAUUGAAAGUAAAUGUCAACAGUGCAAUCAGUCGUUCGAUAAAACAAGCAAAGAAAAUUAAAUAGUCCACUAAUUUUUAUGUUUUUAGUUUUACUAUCUUGAUUUUAUAUAAUUAUUUUUUUUUAACAAAAGUGUGUGUUUUAUCAAAAGAGAAAAAGAAGUGCGACUGAUAUAAUAAUUUUUGUAGUAGAAAAAUGAGUAUGAAUAAAAGUACGACUGAUUAAUUUGAAAUUUUUUUAUUAAAUAUGAUUUGUCAUGGGCGCUGGUAUUGAAACAUGACAUUAUUAUUAAAAUCUAAUUUAAUUGUUUUGGAAUUAAAGAGAAAGAAAGAAAAAUGAGAGAGAAAGACAGAAAAGAGAAAGAACAAACGAUGUAUGUGUUUAAAAUUAAUUAAUGUAAGUCUAUGUACAUAUGCAAUUAUGAAGACAUAGCCUACAAGACUAUAAAAAAAGUGGAAGGUGAUAAUUUGUACAAUUUACUAUAGGAAAAUUUUUUUCUGUAAAACAUCAUUACGACGCUCUGUUAAGAAAAAAGCAGGAAAUAAAAUUCUAAAUUAUCUAAAAAGAAUCUAAAACAAAAAAAAAAAGAAAAUAAAACAACAGUAGUAUUUCCUAAAAAAAAGACUAAAAAUAAAUUGUGCCAAGAAAAAAUAAAAGUCUUACAGAGGAAGUAUUACUAUGAAAAAAGUAAUAGAUUCUUUAAACAAUAUAAAAACAAUAUAAUUUUAUAAUGUACUUAAACUGAAUUUGAUUGUUUUCAAUCCGAUAAAAGAAAGAUGCUUGUUAAUUUGAGUUUCAAUUGUUACAAGUUGUUUUUACUUUUUACAGAUAAACAAAAAUAUUUUUUAAAUGAAA